UUGCGUAGGUAGACACGUCAUAAACACCAAGAAAAGCUAGUGUUAUAUAAACACCAAGAAGAGCUACGCAGAACAAUCAAGAAACAAUACAUGGAGCUUAACGUAGUGCAAGCCAUGGCAGCUGUCCUCAUGGUGCUAGUAACCACGAGAGCGCUAUGGUAUCUGCUUUGGAGGCCGUAUGCCGUGGCCAGGUGGUUCCGACGGCAGGGCAUCAGAGGUCCGCCUUACAAUCUCCUGGUUGGGUCCCUGCCGGAGUGCCAGAAGAUGAUUGUCGCCGGGAGAGCCAAGGAUCUGGACACCAUCUCCCACGACUGCAUCACUACCGUGCAACCCUUCUUCCAGAAAUGGGCCUCCAUGUAUGGAAAAACAUUCCUAUACUGGCUGGGGCCGACACCAGCACUGUGCUCUACGGACAUGGAGCUGGUGAAGAAAGUGUUAACCGACAGGACGGACAUGUUCCAAAAAGACUACUCAAAUCCUAGCCUGGAAGCGGUUCUGGGGAAUGGGGUUGUAUUUGCAAACGGACACGACUGGAAGCGGCGGCGCAAAUUCAUCCACCCGGCUUUCAACCAAGAGAAGAUCAAGUCCAUGUCAGCAAUAACGUUGGAGUGCACACAGCAGACAAUGGAACGGUGGCGCAACAGGCAGCAAGCCGAGAUAGACAUGAUGCACGACUCCGACGAGAUAGCCAUGAGUGUCAUUGCGAGAGUGAUGUUGGGCAAGUGCUACAAGGAGGCCUGGGAGGUGUUCAUCGCCGGAAAGGAGCAGCUGAAGCUAGCUACUUAUGCGUUUGCGGAGCCUCCGGUACCUGGAUUAUGGUACCUGCCAACACGUCGCAACCGUCGGGCAUGGUAUCUUGACAAGCUUGUGAAACAUAAGAUCUCACAGAUCAUAGAGGCGCGACUCGCUAGCGGCGUCUACGAAGAUGACCUGCUCGGGCAGAUGCUGCAGCUGCAGCUGCAAACAUGUAGCAGCGGCAGCACCGAGACCCUGAGCACCGAGGAGAUGGUUGGCGAGUGCAGGACUUUCUUCGCGGCUGGGUACGAAACCAGUGCCAGCCUCAUUACCUGGGCGAUGUUCCUGCUCGCCAGCUACCCACGGUGGCAGGAGAUGGUCAGGGAGGAGGUCGUCCGG